UGAAAGGAUGCCCAAACAAGGACAUCCUAUGUAAUUGGAUAUGAUAACCCCCUGCCUGCUCGCUCGGUGGUAUCGCCCGUCAUUCAGUAGCGAGCGUCGCCGAGCAAGCACGCGUUCUGGGUCUCCUACUACUGCUAGUCCUAGCUGUACCAGCGAAGUGUGUUUUUUCAUGGCUUCUGGGGCCGGUAGGCGACAUAUCGUUAGACCAGCUCGCUACAUGGACGGACUUGACGACAACAUGGCGUACUGCCUUGAUGACGUCCAGAGGAGGCUUGACAUACUGCAAGACUCGAUAGUCAGCAGUGGUCGAGCGUCGGGCAGGGUGUCACCCAUCAGCCCCCAGCCUGUGACGAGCUCGCCCACCAUGGCGGCCGCGCUAGCAGCUCAGAAGCAGCUGCUGGCCGAGGAGGUUCGUGUGCUGGAACUGCAGAGAGAGAUCGAGGCCCUGCAGGCGAGGAAGGUCGCCCUCCAGCAUCCAAUCGUCCCCGCCCCAGCCUCCGUGUCGGAUCCGCCUGCGUCCCAACCCAUGCGACAAGAGGCUCCUCAGUUUCCCGCCAGUUCCACCGCCACGUCCACUACGAGCACGACGGGUCAGAUUCCGCUGGCUGCCACGCAAGACGCCGUGCGUCCAAAGGCAACCGAAGCAGGACCGACGUCUAUACAGGACUUGCGGCGCGACCCGCUCACCUCAUCGGCGGUGGAGCGGAUUUUGGAGCAGUUAAGCCUCCCGGCACUGCAGAUGUCCGGAGGUCAGCCGGCCCAGCCUCCGAUCAGCAACACUGCCGUCAUCGCCUCCGCGAGUGCGCCUGCUUCCAAGAGUGCGCCUGUCUCUGCCGGUGCGCCCGCAUCCGCCAGUGUGCCUGCCUCCACAAGUGUGCCUGCCUCCACAAGUGCGCCUGCCUCCACAAGUGUGCCAAUCUCCACAAGUGUGCCAAUCUCCACAAGCACGCCAUCCUCCACGAGUACACCUGCCGGGGACGUGCAUGACAACGGCAAGGCGAAAGGUAAGCUCACAUCUGGCAUCUUUCGUACGUCUGGAUCUUCCUCCUUCACCGCACGCAGUCUCGUGUGGCCUCAGGAGGGGCUGCCUAGUUUCUCUAGCGCACGGCUGAUAUACGAUGACUUAUCAUUUGAUCAGUUCGUGGCUGGUUCGAUGAAGAUAUUCAAUAGUGGACGACUGGGUGACAAAGAGUUGCGAGAACGCAUGCGACUGGUCCAGGCCUGCGCUGAGUACAACUUACGCUACCGAUGGAAAGACGUGAGAGAUUUUCACGGGGAGGUAAUGCGUACUAUAGAGUCAGGAGAGUGCGACUGGGGCGACGCCGUGUACAGGGACCGUCAGGAUCACUUUUUCAAACUGUAUGUUCAGCCGUCAAUGCCACAGGACAGUCGCGGCCGGGGCACGACUCAGAAGACGCCGACGCAGCUGCAACAAACGAUCAAAUACUGCCGACAUUUCCAGUCAGGAACCUGCCCUAGCACGGACUUGACCCACGAUGAUCCCACACACGGGCAGGUCCAUCACAUUUGCUCCCACUGCCUGAUGCAACACAAUGCUGUGUCCUACGACCAUGGCGCCCCUGCGUGCCCGAAGAAGUCGCCACGGAAGGGACAGAGAGGCCAGGGCAAGGGUCUACAGUCCAGCUGACUAAACUCCCGCAGUGUCCCGAUGGAUAA